AUGACUCAACCAACGGCAGGAAUCUUGAACUUGAGGCUUCCGCAUGAGGAGGGAAUCAUCAAUACCACACAAUCCUGGGCAUGUAUAUGGUGUCCAGAACGGGGGACCUUCCAUUCUGUUAACGCGUUAUGGUCGCAUACAGAUGACAAGCAUCACGACAAAUUCCCACAAGAUCCGCUUGAGCUCCCUACUUUUCAGAAAGUUAUUGAGAGUACUUCAGCUAUAAGAAGACCCUUGAAAGACCAAACCGAGCAAUCUACAUUGCAAUCCGAGCUACCUUCUCACAGUACGCUUGAGCUCAAGAACGACAACACUCCCACGAUGACAGCUGCAGAUGAUAUGCCAUCAGGAGGGUCGCCACCUCAAUUCCGGGGAGUUCCCGACACACUCCCAUUAAGAAGACGGGGAAUCUCAUAUUUGACACAUGUUGAUUAG